AUGCUUUCUAAGUUGAGCAUAAUAUUCAUUCAUUUGAUGUUGCUGAUUGGUUUUUGUGAUGAUAACAAGGAGAUGAUCCUUGUUUAUGAUUAUAUACCCCAUGGAACCUUGUACCAUCAUCUACAUAAAAUUGAUACUCCUUUGAUUUGGGUACAACCACUUAAGAUAGCCACCGUGCUGGACAUGGAUUGCCUGCAUACUAUUGUUGCUGCUCAACAUGGAGUGAUACAUUGCGAUGUUAAGAGCUCAAACAUUCUUUUGGAUGAUAAUUGGGCAGCAAUGAUAUUAGAUUUUGGGUUGUCCAAAAUCAGCCCAACCAAUCAGUGUCAGGAGGUAGCAAUCAGUUGUUACCUCAUUUUUAAUGUUUUUGUCAAUCCUCACUGCAUGUUUUGCUGA